CAACAGAACCUGCACCUGUAGAACAGUAUUCACUCUUUCCAGAGUUCUGCUAGUACCAUAAGAAGGUACUAGCAGACUUUGGUUCUGGUCAGAAUUUCUCCACAUGGCCUGGACUGAUAGUUCUGCUGAUCCAGGUGGACCUAUUGGAGGUUCUGGUCUCAGUUUUGGCCCUGAUCGGAGGAACUAAAAUUUCCGGCAGGACUCCAGAAGCGCAUGCGCGCUCAGCAGAGAAGCCGCAUGUGUUUUAAAGCGGGAGCGCGCGCCGCGCCGCGGAGCGCCGUCAGAUUGCCGCAGACUGCCGGAGCGGAAGCAGCCGGUAAGCAGCCUCUCCUGCUCUCGGGCCCCUUCGGAACCGAACUUCUGGCAGAAGUUCGGACCCGCGGUCCAGCUCUCCCUGAAAAGAAGCGGAGCCUCUCCGGCACAAGGACGGUUCUCCCGCUGGACCUGCAGGUGAUGAGACCAGGACCAGCUGCACUUCUUCGUCCUGCAGCAGCAGAGCGGUUCUGUUCUGGCUGGGACGUGUGGGUGAGUCGGCCAUGUCUGAAGAGAGCGUGAUCAACUGCACCAUCAGCCAUGAAGUCCACCAGUACGUCUUCUCCUGCGUCUACAUCCUGGUGCUCCUGGUGGGUGUUCCCUCCAACCUGUACUCCCUUUAUCACGCUGCGGUCCAGCUGAGGCAGAGGAAUGAGCUGGGGGUCUACCUGCUCAACCUGACCGUGUCCGACCUGCUCUACCUGGCGUCUCUGCCCCUCUGGCUGCAGUACAUCUUUCGGAAUGACGACUGGCAGCACAGAGAGUGGUUGUGUCAGCUUUGUGGUUUCCUGCUCUAUGAAAACAUCUAUAUCAGCAUCGGCUUCCUGUGCUGCAUCAGCAUGGACCGCUACCUUGCUGUGGUCCAUCCUCUCAGGUUUACCUCUCUCCGCUCUAUGACUGCAGCAUGGAUCGCCAGCGCCACCAUCUGGCUUAAAGAGGUAGCAGUGGGUGUGGUUUUCUUUCACCAUAAAGAGUUGAGCAGAGACCAGACCAACCAGUCGGUGUGCUUCGAACAUUACCCCAUGAUGCCGUGGGAAUACCCCAUCAACUACUACCGCUUCAGCGUCGGCUUCCUGUUCCCGCUGGCCAUCCUGUCCGUGAGCUACCUGAGCGUUCUUCGCGCGGUUGGCCGCAGCGCGGGAACCCAACCGGACCAGAAGACCCGGAUCCGGCAGUUGGUCAGCAGCACCAUCCUUAUCUUCCUGGUCUGCUUCUCUCCGUAUCACGUCUUCCUGCUGCUGCGGACGCUGUUCGAGCGUGACUGCAGCUUCAUCACAGGAAUCUUUAACUAUUACCACGUGUCGCUGCUGCUCACCAGCCUGAACUGCGUCGCCGACCCGGCGCUCUACUGCUUCGUCAGCGAGAGCGCCCGCCGCGGGCUGCACCGCGCCGUCGUCAGGCCAGUCGCCAGGGUCGUGUGCUGCUGCCGUCGCCGAGGCAAUGCGAGCCCUGUCGGCCCAGCUGGCGACUCCCACGAGGUGGCGACGGACGGGAACGGCGGGCGGAGUGUGAAGCUGCUGAACCACAGCUACACGCCUCUGGACGCCAAGACAGGCAGCGGAAAUGAAACCUCUGACCCUUUGACUGUCCCAGACAAGUCCUGGGCAGACGACAGUGGGGACAUGGGAGGAAGGACCGGGGACAGGAGGUGCAGCUGAAACAUGGCGGCUGCAGCUGGUCAGACUGCCAGCUGGUGGUUUAUGGUCAUACCUGGUUUCAUUCAAUCAGCUGAAUGUUAAACUUUGACCUUUGACCUGUGGUUUCUACUUGGGGACUGGCUGCCCUUUGCUGAUUGGUCAUAAACCGACUGGAGACAAUCUGAGUGAAAGGCAGAAAUGCCAGCAGACUGAGUCAGAAGCCAGAAAAUUUUUGUAGUGGAGAAUUGCAGGAACCGUCCAGGACCAGGAACCGUCCCCAGGAACCAUCCGGAACCAGGAAGCGGUCUGCUGAUCUGCAGCUGCUCACUAAAUGUUUUUUUUAUUUCAGUGAUUCCAUCAAGUCAAACACUUUUUAUGGCUCCGUUUGUUCUAACAUUUCUUCUCUUAAUUAUGACGAUUGAUUGAAAACUUUUCAAAUGUCACAUCAGACCAAUACAUUUUUUUUUUAACGAAGGUUUUACUGCCGUUAUUUUGAUUAACAUGUUUUAUUUGUAUUAUUUAUAUUUUUUGUUAUUACGACUCUUAUUUUGAAAGGUUAAAUUAGUGGAAUCCAGCAUGUUGCUAGGGAACCAAAGAAAAGGAAGACGCUGUAUGAAAGCGUAACUUUCACAAGUGGCUGUAAGGGUAAUUUAAGUUAAGAAUUUAUUUAAUUAUCUCAUUUCUACCUCGAAGGAAAGGGUCAGCCAGCGAGGUAUGUUUAUAUGUAUUUAUGUAAUUUUUAUGUCUUUAUUAUCGUUAUUGACACCGUCUCAUUUACAUUUAUUUUGUAUUUUAGUUCGACUUUGGUGUUAUGUCAGUGGGACUAAGUUAAAUUGUAAGAAGAACAAGUUAAAAAAUCGACAUUAAAGCUGACUAUACACCA